GCCAGGCUCUUGUUUUGUUGGACCCCGGGGAGCCGAUGGUCACACUUGAAAUCGGGGACCAACAAUUGGACUUUUUAGUGGACACAGGUGCCGAAAAAUCAGUAGUAAAUACAAAAAUUAGUCCACCAACUCGGGAAACUACGAAAGUAAUAGGGGUGUCUGGGAAGACCCAGAAGUGCCCCUUCCUUAAGGAACGCACCUGCAAUCUGGCCGGACAUCAGGUCAAGCAUAAGAUGUUAUAUCUCCCAGACUGCCCAGUCCCUUUAUUGGGAAGGGACAUUUUAUCAAAAUUACAAGCUCAACUCCAGUUCAUGAAGAAUGGACAAGUGGAGCUAUCAUUUCCCAUGGAAGAGGAAUGGAGACUGUUUCAAGUUAGGAUUUUUACUGAAGAAAUACAAUGGCCAUGGCAUGAGACUCCUUUAGUGUGGGCAGAAGAUAAUCCUCCAGGAUUAGCUAAAUAUGUUCCACCGGUGGUGGUGGAAGUGAAAAGAGGAAUGGGGCCCAUAUGCAAGCCACAGUAUCCCGUCAGUCGAGAGGCAGUGCAGGGGAUCAGAAAGCAUCUAGAGCGACUUCUGCAGCAUGGGAUAUUGGUACCAUGCAGUUCCCCAUGGAACACGCCCCUGCUCCCAGUCAAGAAACCAGGAGGACAAGGAGAAUAUCGCCCAGUUCAAGAUUUGCGGGCUGUAAAUCAAGUCACCGUUCCCCUAACCCCGGUAGUGCCAAAUCCAUACAUCAUGAUGAGUCUAGUACCAGCAUUUGCCAAAUGGUUUACUGUAUUGGAUUUAAAGGAUGCAUUCUUUUGUAUUCGAUUGGCCCCUGUAUCCCAACCGAUCUUUGCUUUCCAGUGGGAAUCUCAGCAGUCAGGGCAAAGGACCCAGUAUGUUUGGACACGCCUUCCUCAGGGGUUCCGGGAUAGCCCGACCAUUUUUGGUCAAGCCCUGGCCAAAGACUUACAGGAUUUUGUAAUACCUAAGGAAGAGGGAAUUUGGCUUCAAUAUGCAGAUGACCUGCUUAUCGCUUGCCGGACACUAGGGGGCUGUAAAGAGCAUACUUUGAGAUUUCUCAAGACAUUGGAAGAAAAGGGUUACAAAGUGUCAAAGAAAAAGGCCCAGUUGUGCUGUCCCACGGUGAAAUAUUUGGGGUUCCAUCUGACCGAAGGAAAGAAGAUGUUAGGAGCUGAAAGAAAGGAAGUUGUUUGUGCCAUCCCCACUCCCAGUACCCGGCGACAGGUGCGGGAAUUUUUGGGAUCAGCAGGAUAUUGUAGACAGUGGAUCCCCAACUACGCCGUGUUGGCUAAGCCACUGUACCAGGCUACGAGAGGUGGAAGAGAAGAUCCAUUUGAGUGGACAGAAGAAUGUCAACAGGCAUUUAAGGCAUUAAAAGAAGCAUUGAUGUCAUCUCCAGCAUUAGGACUGCCCGAUUUGGAAAAACCAUUCACUCUGUUCGCUGCAGAGCGGGAAGGAACAGCGGUUGGAGUAUUGACCCAACCACUAGGUUCAUGGCAAAGGCCGAUUGCCUACUUGUCAAAGCAAUUGGACACAGUGGCUCGUGGAUUGCCACCUUGCCUGAGGGCUGUGGCAGCAUCAGUAGAUUUAAUCAAAGAAGCGAAUAAAUUGACCCUAGGACAGCCACUGACAGUUAAGGUGCCCCAUAGCGUUAAGGCACUGUUAGACAUUAAGGGACCGCGCUGGCUCACAAGUGAGAGGUUAAUGAAAUAUGAGGGAUUGUUGUGUGACAACCCACUGGUGACCCUGGAGACUUGCUCCACUCUGAAUCCGGCCACCUUGCUCCCGACUCCAGGAGACACCACGAUCCAUCAGUGUGCCCAGGUGAUGGAUGAGGUAUUCUCCAGUCGACCGGAUUUGAAGGAUGUGCCACUAACUAAGGUGGACGACACUCUGUUCACAGAUGGAAGCUCCUUUAUGGAAAAUAAUCAAAGACACUCAGGUUAUGCGGUUGUUCGGUGGGGGGGAGAGACGCUGGAAGCAGAGUCACUGCCCCCGGGGACUUCUGCCCAGAAGGCCGAAUUGAUUGCCCUGACCCGAGCGUUGGAAUUGUCAAGCGGAAAGCGGGUUAACGUCUACACAGACUCAAAAUAUGCCUUCACCACCCUCCACGCACAUGGAGCACUGUACAAGGAGCGCGGGCUCCUCACGUCUGGAGGAAAGUGCGUGAAACAUGCUGGAGAGAUUGUGGAUCUCCUGGAGGCGGUUUGGAAGCCAAGGCAGGUGGCUGUGAUGCAUUGUAAAGGGCACCAACGUGGAGACGAUCCCGUAGUGCAAGGAAAUAGGCAGGCUGAUCUGGCAGCCAAAGAGGCAGCUAGGCUGCCCUAUAUUGAACAUCAGGUAAUGGCCCUACAGGUAGAAUUAACUGAACAUAACAUUACAUAUACACCAGAGGAAGAAGAAUGGGCCUUAAAGGAGAAGGGUCAGUGGUCAGGAGAACUCAUAGUGAUGCCAGACGCCCGUGUCUACGUCCCUAAGGACUUGGCAUGGCACUUAGUCCAACACAUGCACCAAAACACACAUUUAGGAAAAAUGGCAUUGGCAAAUCUGCUAGGACGACAGUUGUAUAUCGAUGGAUUACAUAGCCUAACGGCAGCAGCAGCCCGAAGAUGCUGGACAUGUAUCAAAAAUAACCCCAGAGAAGGACCCCUCAAGCCACCAGGAGUCCAACAUGUGGGUGGGGUACCCUUUGAAGCUUUAGUCACUGACUUUACAGAAAUGCCCCCAUACAAAGGAUACAAAUAUUUACUGGUGUUCGUGGACACAUACACAGGAUGGGUGGAAGCUUACCCUACAAGAACUGAGAAGGCUGUAGAGGUGUCAAGAGCUCUAAUGAAAGAUGUUAUUCCCAGAUUUGGCAUACCCUUAGAAAUUGGAUCAGAUAAUGGCCCCGCAUAUAUUCAACAGGCUGUGCAAGGAUUAUGUAGAAUUUUGGGCAUAAAGUGGAAGUUACAUUGUGCAUAUAGACCCCAAUCUUCUGGAAAAGUGGAAAGAAUGAAUAGGACAUUAAAGGCUCAGCUUGGGAAACUUUGCCAAGAGACAGGAUUGCCGUGGACGGUGGUUUUGCCCAUGGCAUUAUUAGGAAUCAGAUGUACACCACACAAACGGACAGGACUCUCCCCUUUUGAAAGACUCUAUGGACGACCCCCUUUGAACUUGAAGGGAGCCUUAGAGACAGGAACUGAGCAGCACCUCAUAGGAGAGAAACAGACAUUGGCCCAGGUUCAGGCUUUGGGCAGACAAAUGCAGCAGUUAGAAAAAUACAUUUCUGAAUUGAACCCACCAUUCCCUACCACACCUCUACAUUGUUUUUCACCAGGUGACGAGGUUCUGGUCAAGGAUUGGAAGAUUGAGCCAUUGGGACCCAAGUGGCGAGGACCCUAUGUUGUGCUCCUGUCUACCCCCACUGCAGUGAAGGUGAAGGAGAUUAAGCCGUGGAUACAUUACACCCGUGUAAAAUUAGCACCUGAGGAGUGGCGGACGGAGCGAGUUCCUGGUGAGGACCUGAGACUCAGGAUCAUCCGGCAACUCCCUAAGGGGUCAACAAGGCCAUGAA